AUGUCUCUCCUCGCUCGCUUCGCCCUCGUCGGGCUUUGGGCGUCAGCUGCUUAUGCGCAGCGCGACACUGUGACUGUCACCGAGACUGUCACAGAGUGUGCAGCGUCCUGUUACUCUGUCGUAUCGCAGUGUACCUCGACCGAGUACAUCGAUACAUCCACCAUCAUCAAGCUUCCGACUGAAUCCUCGGUUGUCGUGUCUGAGACUUCUCUCAUCGAGACCACAGAGGUUGUCUCCCUGCCCACUGUUUCUGUUACCUCGGAGUUCUCCAAGCUUGCCAACACCAGCGCUGUCACGGGCUCUUACACUUCUACCCCUACUGUCUCUGACUCUGAGACUACGAUUCCUAUUUCUGAGUCGUCUGGCGUCUCGGUUGACUCGAGUGCUCUUGCGGGUGAGACUUCGGAGUCUGAGUCUGAGUCUAGUCUGUACGGACACUCUACCAGUACUCUGAUCUUGACAGAGGCAACCACCGAGACUUUCACAGACGUUGAGACCAUGCCAACUAUUGUCCCGAGUGUUGAAUCCUCUGCUCUUGCAUCCGGUACUACUCAGCUGUCAGAGACAAGUAAGUCCAGCAUCGUCACUCAGGGUUUUACCGGACAGUCUUCAGAGUCCGCUCUCAGCACUGAAUUUGUGUCUACUGAGAGUACUACCAUCGAUAAGAUUGUUCCUCAGCAGAGUAAAUCUACUCUGAUCGAAAGCACUGAUGCAUCUUCAGCCACUGAAGGAGUCUCCACCGCUACUCUGACCUCGGUUCUCACCAGCCAGGUCACCUUCACUGAGACUAUCUCUACUGUUUACUCCAGCUCCGCUGAGCAAGGCUUUACCUCAGAGGAAAGCACCGAACUCCUGGUUACAUCUUCUCAGGUUGAGGAGUCCAGCAGCGGAACUGAGCAAGGCUCUGCGACAACUGAAGUUGUCACUUCUGAAGUUACUGGUGUUACCCAGUUUACAUCUUCCUUCACUUUUACACGCACCGAGACCGUAUCUGUGUCUGUGUCGGAGUCCACCGCUUCCUCAGGAGGAACCACCGAAGGCUCUAUCUCCGAGUCCUCCAGCACAUACGCCUCUACUGAUUCAGAGACCGCGGUCGAAACUGUCACCUCAAUCGAGACCGUCACCGCAGAGACCUCAUCUUCUCAGACCGAUUCAACUGCCAGUGAUUCCAGCCCCGAGUCCACAAGCGCUGGCAUUUCCACUGGCACAACCGAGGUUGAGGAAUCGGCAACUACUCCCUGCACAUCAACCAGACACACUCACAUCUAUGAGAACACGACUAUUAUUCAUAGUACCGCUGAUGUGAGCGUCGAUUCGUCUGCUCUGGCUGGGUCGUUCACGUCAACCUUUUCCGAGGGAAGUGAUACCUCUGUUACUUCAGGUGUGGUCGAGAAAACUACAGCUCCCACCGCAGAGACUGAGACCGGAGUGACUACCGGUGGCACAGCUGCUGGAGCUGAGACAAGCGAUUCAGUUUCCAUUGAGUCAACCGCCUCCCAGUCCACCACAUCCGCCGCCACGACACCCGUCUCUCUUCCCUUCGAACCAACCUACCCUCCUCACAAUUAUGACUUUGGUGCUCAAAGCUCCGCAAACAACGGCUGGCCAACAUUCUCCGUUGACUCCAGCGCCGAUGCAGCAACUGGUUUCUCGUCUUUCACCACUUUCCUCACUACAAGCAAGGCCACCGAUACUGCUUCUGCUUCUACUUCCACUGGUAUCAAGGAGCCUGACUACGAGCCACCUGCCUACGAGCCUCCUUCGUACCGUGAGCCUGCAUAUAUCCGUAAGCGAUGGGGUUUCGGAUGGUAG